AUGGUAAAUGACAUUAAACCAGUCAAUCCAAUCAAUGAACUCUGUAAAUUCGCUGAUGAUAUAACAAUAGAAGCCCCGGGCUAUGAUGAGGAUGAUACAGGUGCUGAAGAGGUAGAAAAUAUGAAAUUAUGGUCGGAUGAAAGUCGAAUGGUGCUGAAUAUGAAUAAAACAUACGAAAUGAUUGUUCGUGGGAGAGCAUCUAUACCUCUACCCAGUUGCAUUCCGUCCAUCAAACGGAAAACAUGGCUCAAGAUACUUGGAAUUACCCUUGAGGAAAUACCGGGAAAUUGGAACAUACACUUCGAAGAGAUGCUUAAAAAAGCGAGUGGACGAAUGUAUAUUUUACGGGUGUGCAAAUAUUAUGGUUUUACAACAAAGCAGUUAGAACUUCUCUUUCAGAGUUUAAUAAUGUCAUUAUUCACUUUCGGAGCUGAACUUUGGGGAGGAGCAUCUUACACUAAAUACAUUA